AUGAAUGUAAUUCCUAGAUUUAGUGGAUGGAUCAAUCAGAAUGUGGAAGAGCCUCGUGAUGAGGACGAGUCCAAGAGCUCCUCGUCUAAUUCUGUGUGGGCGGUAGAUCCUAAUUACUACAACCUAGCUGAGGUAAAGAAGGAAUCAAAACUUUGGAGAGCUGCAGAGAAGAAGCAUCCAUGGCAUGAUGCUCCAGCUAGGGUGAAGGUGACAACAAAAAAAGGUCUUUGCCAUUUGAACAUAGAAUUCAAACUGGGAUUGCCUCCAGAAGCAGUCUAUGAGAUGUUCACUAAUCCAAACAACUUUCCUUUCUUCAAAGAGGACAAGGCCGGGCGCCAACGUUUGGAAAACAAAUCAACAAAGGUUUUGAAGAAGGAUGGACCGAGGCAGACCACGGAGGUGGAAAAAGCAUUGUCUUGGAACUUCCUUGGGUGUUCUGGAGAUAUACCAAUACAUCUAAUCAUCCAUGAAAACCAUAAAAACCUAACGGCAAAAUAUACUACAAAGAAAAUGAUGUUAAUGAAAGUGUUUGAGGGUAGCUGGAAAGUUGAGCCAGACUUUGUAGAUCAGGAACGCUUGUGCAAGCCAAGGUUGCCGAAAACUCGAGAAGAAUACAAAAGAUGUAGUGGUGGAAAAGGAAAAGUUGGAUCGAAAGUGACAAUGGAGCAGAUUUUUCAGCCUUCUUCUCCUCUUAAUCUACCACCGGUUUCUUGGAUUAUCCGUGGGAUCACCAUCAAAACCACUAAGAAUCUGCUUGAAGAUCUUAGAAAAGCGGGUACCAGUUUACGACAAGUUUGA